AUGGACGAGGACGAUGUUAAAGUAACGGAAAAUGACCUUCCGCAAGAAUUUAUAUUGAAAUUAUUAGGACAACAUGAAGCGAGAGGUUUAUGGGGAAUAAAACAUACGAGAGAACCCGUUGAUUUUAUGGUUAAACAUGCUAAAACUCACGAAUUGUCACUUCCCAUUGUACAAUUAAUAAUAACAAAAGAAGGUAUAUUUAUGACGCCGAUCGUUAAAAAAACCAUAAACGGUCAAGAUGGCGGCGGCGAUGGCGGCGGCGAUGGCGCGAAAGAAGGUAAAAAUGAAACGAUACGAAAAAUGAUCGAAAGACAUCAUUCGGAAAAAAGUUUUGUUUUGAAUUUGAGAACGCGCUCUAAUGAAAUUCAUAAAACGACCGAUAGAGGGCAGAAAAUAAAACAAAACAAUCCAAUAUCGAAUUUAAUAAGGGAUGACGUAUCAACGUACGUUGUUAAACCUGCUACAAAUUUACAAUUAUUAGAAAAAUUUUCGAUAUUCGAUUGGAAAACGACGGGAAUAUUUUUUUUCGGUAUCGAUACGAUAUCGUCGAUGAAAUCGUUAAAAGAUUUAAGAACAGAUCCGAGAAAAUCGUUCAGACACGACAAACCGAAAAAAUUUACAAUUGAAUUAACUCCGGAAUCCGAAAUUGGUUUUAAUGAUUCCGAAGCUUGA